AUGGCUUCACUACGACCAGCUUCCCGCCGAAUCCUCUCGUCCGCUGCACAUGCGCCCCGCCUACACACACGAUGCCUUGCCACGGCGGCAUCCGAUAUCACUCCCUCAUCGCCGAACACCACGAGAUCAACCNCCCGACGAGCCACAAAGUUCUCCGAUGUCCUGAAUAGUGGUCCAGCCUUUGGAGACUUUGUCUCUGGAAGAGAGGAGCCCUUGAGUCCCGAGGAAGCUCUGGAAUUGAAGACGGUUAUGGUUGGCCCCGCCGGCAAGAAGAAGCCUCACACGCGAUUGCCUGAAUGGCUCAAGACUCCUGUGCCCAGCAGCAACAACUUCAAGAAGAUCAAGAAUGACCUGCGUGGUCUGAACCUACACACUGUUUGCGAGGNNGAAGCACGUUGCCCCAACAUUUCCGACUGCUGGGGCGGCAACGACAAGUCUGCUGCUACCGCUACUAUCAUGCUUAUGGGCGACACAUGUACUCGUGGAUGCCGAUUUUGUUCCGUCAAGACAAGCCGAAAGCCUCCGCCGCUAGAUGUCCACGAGCCCGAGAACACCGCCGAGGCCCUGUCGCGAUGGGGUCUUGGCUACGUUGUCUUGACCUCCGUCGACCGUGACGAUCUCGCAGACGGUGGUGCACACCACUUUGCCAGCACCAUCAUCAAGAUCAAGCAGAAGGCACCCACCAUGCUUGUUGAGGCUCUGACCGGUGAUUACGCCGGUGACCUGGAAAUGGUCAAGGUGGUUGCCCAGAGUGGUCUGGAUGUCUACGCCCACAACAUGGAAACUGUUGAAGACUUGACACCCUUUGUCCGUGACCCUCGCGCAAAAUUCCGCCAGUCGCUUGAAGUUCUCAAGGCUGCGAAGGAGGCCAAGGAGGGCUUGAUCACAAAGACCAGUUUGAUGUUGGGACUCGGCGAGACCGAGGAUCAGCUCUGGGCAACACUCAAGGAACUCCGCAAAAUCGACGUCGACGUUGUCACUUUCGGCCAGUACAUGCGCCCUACCAAGCGCCACAUGAAGGUCGAGGAAUAUGUCUCGCCCGAAAAGUUCGAGCUCUGGAGACAACGCGCCCUCGACAUGGGCUUCCUCUACUGCGCCAGUGGCCCCCUGGUCCGCAGCUCAUACAAAGCCGGUGAAGCAUUCAUCGAGAAUGUCAUCAAGAAGCGCGCCAAGAAGAACCAACUCGCCAUGGCCGAGGAUGCAGGCGACUUCAAGCCUCUGAACGCUGCAUAG